UGAGCUCCUUACCAACAAGAAAAGGAACACCCACCGUGUCAGAACACAAGCCAACUAUGUCCAACAUCGUGAAGGAUUGUGACCUUGACCUUGAAUGUGUUAACCCUGUAGAGGAUUUGGUACUUUUCCAACCCAUCCGGGGCGCCUGUAUCCGAGGUCAGAACAUUGUCGCGAGGUACAGCCUAGGAUCAGAAUUCACACCUUCGAGCUGGGACUGGGUUGGAUUGUUCCAGGAGGGAUGGGACUCCUACCGGGACUACAUCAGCUACCAUUGGGCUCCCUCCACGGUAAUUGACCCCCGGCGCACGAACCGCCGCAGCGUGCUCUUCACGUCAGAAGAUUUUGAGCCUGCCAAGACUCUGGACGACAAUUUCAAAUUCCUUUACGUCACUGCUUGGAAUCACGUAGUUGGCGUGAGCCCAAGCUUCCGUCUUGAAGGGGUCAUAGGAGAAGAUGAAGAUCUAUGCUUCGACCUUUUGGAGAAUUCCAUCGAACGACCUCUCAAUACGAAUUUGUUGGCGAAAAGGAAGUUUUCGGCCCUUGAACUUUUCCCUGACAAAGGUGAUCUACAUUUUGAUGUACUUGAAAGGAGUCUUCAAGGUGUCAAAAAACCCAAGUCCUCCUUGAAGCCCUUCACUUUUGUCCACCCUCUUGCGUCAGCUGACAUUUGUCACCCCCUGAAACUUGAUGGCGAUUUGGAAUUUGAUCUGCUGGAAAACAUGGUUUGUCAACAGCAACAGCAUAUGCAAGAACAGGAAAAUCAGAAAAACACAGAGUCAACAGAAAGUAACGUAGCCGAUAACCGACUUGCUGUUUCCAAGGCUGUGGCAAAGAAAGAAAAAGUAUUGACAGUUGUGAGAGACCAUGAAACCUUGAUGAGCACAUUUGGCCCUGAGAGAGAACUUGCUCCUGAUAUGCUUCAGCUGCUCUAUUUGUACCCGGUCGUGAGGAAUUAUGUGGAGAACAAAGAAAGAUCCGUCGUUCCUUACGACGUACCAAAGCCGAUCUUCGAUAUCAACACAAUCGCUACCCCUCCAAAAGUCACAGAGAUGCCGCAGGACCAGAGUAAAUCGGAAGCCAAUAUCCCUGAGCUUGAGUUUCCAGUUCGCCUUCCCAUAAUGCCUGGACCUAAAAGCGUUCUUUUGAACAUGGGAGAAAGUUCCAAACGAUGCAAAACAUGUGCAUUCGGAAAGACAACAGCUACUGACUUCAUUCGUCAGGAAGAGCGUGCAGACAAGGCAAUGAACAAACUCCGGGAGGAAAUCAGGAGUCUGAAAAAACAAAUACAGCAUGCAAAAACACAAAAGAAAGCUGAUCGCCAAGCAAAAAGACAUUCGUUACCGCGAAGCGAUUGAGACCAGAUCCGUUCUCCAAGAAACCGUUCGGUCGCUUAAGGAAGAACUUCAUGAGGCACGAAAGGCAGCACAGGAAUCUGCAGUGAAGGUCCAAUUGAAACUGUCUCCGGGGUCACUGACAGAUAAUUACCUGAUGGAUGCAUUCCUUCUCCUGCAAGAGAGGGGUUACAAACUACUUGUGGACAACUAUGGAGGUAAACACGCCCUUGUAGAUCUGCACCGGGGUAACAGCCACGAAAAUGGCUGGAUGACAAGGAGCCCCAAAAGAAUGACACGAAUGCGCUCAGUGAUAGGCAACCAAUCGUCAACAAUACAGAACCUUGCCGGCGCCGUAAUUGCGCUGCGGGAGAGUGUCUCCCGACAUACAAGUACCGUGCAGAAUCUAAGACAACAGGUUGUGACUUUGGAAAAUGCCAACAAAGAUAAAGACCGGAGAAUAGUAGAAAUGACAAGGCGCAUCCGGGCUCUUCUCAGUUCUCGUGGUAAAGAUCUCACCAAUGAGUGGCGUCUCUUCGCCAGGAAAAUUAGAGAACCUGCCGAGUCUGUUGUUAAAGCGAAAGUAGCCUCUAGAAAAUACGGACUUAGGAAAGGGAAAGCUGCUUCGAGUGCUUCCAAACAAGUUGUGAAGUUUGCGCCGUAUACGUCAAAGAAAACAGAUGACACGUGCAGCACAGUUCCGACA